ACCUGCUGUGGUCUCAUGCCAUUUACGACCACGAGACCAGAAAUCUGCCAACCUCCGGUACAAGCAGCUCUGCAAUGCUGCAACAGUGCUGCUAAUCCACUUCUGGACGUGCUGAGCAAUGAUACCAUACUGAGAACGAAGGGGAUACAUCUGGUAGUGAUUAAAUGUGAGUAUAAAGCAGAGAUGAAGUGUGCUUGGACUACAGAAAGCAGCAGGAUGAAGAGUAGUGUGCAGCUAGGGCUGUUGUGUCUCAGCCUGCUCAUCUCCAGUCUUCAUGGAGAAGAAGAAGUCGAGACAGAUUCAAGCAUGCACAUCCCAAUUAAGUUUGAUGAGCCGGAUCUUCAUCAGUUUGAGAUGUACAGAGUACGAAGACAGACGGUCUCCACAGAGAAGGAAAAUACAGCAAAGACAGUAGCUGUUGUGCCACCAAGUGAGAACAGCAAGACUAAGAGAAAACGGCCACGUCCAGGAGGUCUUACUCCUUUAGGAGACAGUGGAGAUCCGACGAGCCAGGACAAAAACAGGAAUAACAAACAGAAAAAACGUCCCGGGAGUCAGAGCCUUUUAGCAAUCAGUGGAGUUUUCCAGCUGCCCCAACAGACUGCCAAAGCCAAGAGAGAUGCCGGAGGAAAAAGGCCCUUGCCAGAAAGUUAAAGCAUUGUACGUGUUCAAGGCUCCUUCUGAGGUUACCUGAAUUAGGAAAAAUAGGAAUUGCAAAUAAAUACAUCACCAUGUUUCAUAAAGAGUGUUUCGGGCUCAGGUUAUGCAUGUGAUAAUCAUUUAUAUUUCUAUAGCUUUUCUUUUCCAAGUAUAUGUUAAGUAAUAACCUCUAUGGAAAAUGAAAGGAAUUUACCGAAUUCUCCCCCUAGUGUAAUUCUUAUUGGCAUCACUAGGGGGCAAUAUUUACACAAGCGAUAGUCGCUCGAACCAGCUUGGCUUCUGUUAAAACAAAAUGUUUGAUAUCUGUUUAUCUUCAUCUCUUAAUUACAAUAAAGCAGCUGUGUUUAAAAA